UCUGGAGCAAAACACUAGAGGGAUCCUGGGGCAGGGGGGAUGGAUUGGUCUGGGUGGUCCUGGGCUUCCAGGGUGUGGAAUUUGGAAGCCCAGGGGAGUUCUGGGGCGCUGAGAUUCAGGGAGGCCCCAGGAUCCGGGAAUGCUCUGGGGUCUGGGGUGGUCUCGAGGCACUGAGGUUCAGGGGGAUUCCAGGAUUCCAGGUUCCAGAUGGGUCCUGGAGCGCUGAGGUCUGGGGAUGUCUCGGGAUGCAAGAGCAAGGACAAGGCUCCCCUGUUCCCAUGAGGGGAUGCCUGGGGGUGUCACGAGUUUCCCUCACUCCCCCCCGGUCUCUGCCCUCCUCGGGGCUCGUCCUGAUGCCCCCACCUUGGGCAGGCGGGAGAUGCGUCCCUUUGGGGUGCAGGUCUCCAUCAUCGAACCUGGAGGCUUCCAGACGGGAAUUACCGACCCCGCAUCGCUGGGAAAGGUCUUCUUUCACCUCUGGGAGCGGCUCCCGACAGAAACCCAGGCAGCCUACGGCCACCACUACCCGGACAAAUAUGCCAGGAGCACCACGGUGCUUGCACGCCUGAGCAGCUCGCGGCUGUCGCGUGUCACCGAUGCCAUGACACACGCGCUGCUCUCCCGCUGCCCCCGCAGCCGCUACGCCGCCGGCUGGGAUGCCCGGCUCAUCUUCCUGCCCCUCAGCUACUGCCCGGCCUGGCUGUCCGACACCAUCGUUGGCUUCUUCCUGCCCAUCCCGGCCAACGGGACCCCCUGAUGGGGACCACCAGGGCGGGGACAUGGACAGGGUGGGUCCGUGGGUGCCUCACGCCCUUUAGAAGUGCUCAAAUAAAGGCGGUGCAAUGCUGGGUC